CUGAAACUUAGGACUGUGACUGCCUUUACUGAAUGUUGGGUAGUUUCCUCAACUGGUUUGUGGCCAUUUUAAGCUUUUGUUCAAUUGCCCUCUCACUUAGUCUUAAUGGAAAUGAUUGAUUGUAUCAUGUGUAUCAUCUUCUGUAGUUUGCAGCACCAUAGUGUUGACUACAAUGUACUGAAGUUACAUGAGUAGGCUACGAGUGGAAUUUGUUCACUUUGAGAAGACAUUCCAUUCUCAUCAUUCUUCAAACUUGUUUCCUACUGCUGCUGUUCAGUCAAUGCCAAGAUCAUCUUCCCAGUCCUUUAACUGGAUUCAUUUUUAGGUCACAGAUGAGACUGGAAAAAAUAUUGUCUGGUGUGUGUUGCCUUAUGUAUUACAUGUAUGUAUUACAAAACUAAAAUAGAGAGUACAAAGAGAAAGUGAAACUAACUUUAUUAACAACGUGGACGCCUGAAACGAUCAACCUCUUUAAACAACAGAAUAUUUAUUGAGCCGUUCAAAGACCCUUGUAGACACAUCAGAUACUCACAGGCAUGAAGAGAGGAAGACCAAAGGCAGCAUCUUCCCUGACAUCAAUGAAAAGACAGAAAACCAGGAGAAAGAGUAUUGCUGAUCCUACAUUCAUGUCUUCCUCCAGUGGUACACUGACUAAGGAGCUUAAGUGCUCUAUAUGUCUGGACGUGUUCAUUGAUCCAGUCAGCACUCCAUGUGGACACAACUUCUGCAAGACCUGUCUGAAUAAGUGCUGGGAAAACAGGCAGACCUGCAAAUGUCCAUAUUGUAAAGAAACAUUCAAACAAAGACCUGAUCUCAAGAUUAAUACCACACUCCGAGAAAUCGUAGAUCACCAUAAAAUGAAAAGUUCUGAGAAAAAAGCUGAAGUUCUGUGUGACAUCUGUGAGGAAAGAAAGCUGAAAGCCCUGAAGUCGUGUCUGGUGUGUCAGAGCUCUUACUGUAAAACUCACCUGGAGCCUCAUUUGAGAGUGGCAGGUUUAAAGAAACACAAACUGAUGGAUCCUGUGAGUAAUCUGGAGGACUAUAUAUGUCAGAAACACGAGAGACCUCUGGAGCUCUUCUGUAGAGAUGAUCAGGUAAUCGUGUGUCUGUCCUGCACUGAUGGAGAUCACAAGAACCACAACACUGUUUCAUUAGAAGAGACUCAGUUGAUGAUCGAAGAUGCGCAGCAGAUGAUCCAGGACAGAAUCAAGAGGAUUGAAGAAAUCAAACACUCAGCAGAAAUCAGAGAAAGAAAAACAGCGGAGGAGAAAACAGCCCGUGUUGAGCUCUUCGCUGAUCUCAUCCACUCCACUGAGAGAUUUCAGACUGAACUGCUGGAGAUGAUGGAGGAGCAGCAGAAAACAGCAGAGGAACGGGAGGAAGAGCACAUUGAAGAGCUGGAGCAGGAGAUCACUGAGCUAAGGAUGAGAAACACUAAACUGCAGCAGCUUUCACGGACUGAAGAUCUCGUACAGAUUUACUCAUCCCUGUGCAGCCCUAGAAACACCAGGAACUGGCCUGAGAUCAGUAUGAAGACUCAUGAGAGUAUGGAGACUCUGAAGAGAGCUCUGACUCAACUGAAGGACACUCUAGAUGAGAAACUCAUGCAAACUGAGCUGACGAGGAUGCAGCAGUAUGCAGUGGAUGUGACUCUGGAUCCUGAUACAGCUCAUCCAAACCUCAUCCUGUCUGAUGAUGGAAAACAAGUGAGACAUGAAGACAUUAAGCAGAAACUCCCAGACAACCCAAAGAGAUUUGAUAGAUAUUUACUUGUCCUGGGGAAGGAGGGAUUCUCCUCAGGGAGAUUUUAUUUUGAGGUGCAGGUGAAGGGAAAGACUGAAUGGAUUUUAGGAGUGGCCAGAGAAUCCAUUAACAGGAAGGGAAAGCUCACACUGUGUCCCAGUAAUGCAUUCUGGAUUGUGUUUCUGAGGAAAGGGAAUGAAUAUAGUGCCUUUAAUAACACUCUUUUUAUACUGUCUCUAAGAGUGAAGCCGCAGCGGGUCGGUGUGUUUGUGGAUCAUGAGGAGGGUCUGGUCUCCUUUUAUGAUGUGGAGUCCAGCUCUCAUAUCUACACUUACACUGGUCAGUCUUUCACUGGGAAACUCUGUCCAUUUUUUGGGCCACGUCUCAAUGAUGUAGGUAAAAACUCAAGUCCACUGAUCAUCACACCUGUCAAUUACAAUAAAUGAAUUACACACCUGAUACAAAAUGGAUGGAAAUAAUGUUUUGUUAACGAAGAACAAAUUCUGAAAAUGUUUAAUAUUUAUUGUGUAGCUUCUCAAAGAAUAAGAACCAUCGAUUUUUCAGGUUUUCAAGUCUUGUAAUUACAUGUUAUUUCACUUAGAUAGAGAGGAAAUUUCCAAUAAUUUCCAUCAAUUUAAAACAUGUAAGAUGUCGCUGUCUGUUUUACAUCAGAAUAUUAUAUUAAUCUAUUUAAUAUAAAUGUUCGAUUAGUUUACUAGAAAAAUCCAUAGUCGGGGGCUGGCCUAGCCUGCUUGGCACAAGGAACCGAUCCAUUUUUUUAAAUAAAAUGCUGUGACAUUACGAAAUGUGCGACUGCAAGUCACAUAGUAUUCCAUUGCACGAGUUAUGCAUGUGUAAGUAGACAAAUGUUUUUGUAUUAUUUAAUCUUUCUUAAACUAUGAGCGCCGCCCAUUACAAUCAUUUGAAGCGUAACAUCAGUUCCAAAAGUCAGUUUCUCAUUUUGACGCGGCUGCCGCAACAUCAGAGUCUCUAUCCGGACUAUAAACUCUUAUCCCAAUACUGUAAUUAUUAUUUAAUGUUUGCAACACAGAAAUGUAGCCUACUGUAGACUGUUUGUAAAUCUGUUUCAAACAUAAAGUUUAUGAUGAGCUGCUCUCUCUGGAUCAGCGGCUGCGCGAAAGCAGGUUUAAAUAUUCCGAUGUGAUUUUAAUGGUUUAAUAGACAUGGUCUCAUCAACAUAGCAAUAAGAUUGAGUGUGUUUGAAUCGAGAUCGCAAUCUUUUAAUGAGUAAUCAUUGCUUCCCUUUGUCAAGGCCCAGUUCCAGAAGCCAUUUGAAAUUUUAACACUCAGAGACUGCAUUAUUCGAAUUGCACCUUUGUAAACUGUGACCAAAUUGUGUCAAAAUCUGUCAUCUGUGUCCUCAUUAGUUGUUCCUCCUCACCUGUCUGUCCCUCGUUAGCACCCCUACUUAAGUUCUAGUUUGUUCAGGUACUAUGUCCCUACACGUGUUAAUAAAAAAAAAAAAAAAGUUGUUACAUCCUGUGUGUGUGUGUGUGUGUGUGUGUGUGUGUGUUUUGGUGGCAGCAUUAAAAGAUGAUUAACAGUCACAGUGCUCUCCUCUCAGGUUUGAUGAAUAGAAUCUGAGUAAAGAGAACAUGAUACAAUAUAAAAUCAGAUUUUUUUUUUCUAUUUGUGUACACCAUAAAAUUAAAGGGGUCAUAUGACUUUGCUAGAAAGGACAUUAUUUUGUGUAUUUGUUGUAAUGCAAUAUGUUUAUGCGGUUUAAGGUAAAAAAAAAACAUUUUCCACAUACUGUACAUUAUUGUUACUCCUCUAUGCCCCGCCUUUCUGAAACACACCGAUUUUUACAAAGCUCAUCGUCCUGAGAACCGAGGCUUGCUCUGACUGGCCAGCUAUCCAGUGCGUUGUGAUUGGCCGAAUACCUCAAGCGUGAGACGGAAAUGUUACGCCCCUUACCGUAUUGUGAUGCUGUGUCCCAGCGCGACGACACAAAAACAAUAAAACCCAUUAUAAACAAGGAAUUUGU